AUGUGGGAAUAUGGGUCUUGUAGUUAUGCUGGAUUAACAUUCACCGUCCCAAUAUUUGGCUCCUUUAUAUACUGUGUAUACUUAAGAGACCAAAGCAGGCGCACCAUUUACAAAUAUGUUUCGACUACUAAAAGGUUUUUAAGAGCCGUCUACACAGGUACUCUGAUUUCUUUGGAUUAUAAGUGGACCAUGACAGUAUUCUCGAAUGAUUCUGAAUCCUACAUCAAAGAAAUAUCAAAAUGUCACCAAAGAGCAGCCGACAGAAUUCUUCAGGGCUGUUUGCACAAUGGAGGUUUGUAUAUCAAAAUGGGACAGGGUCUCGCAAGUAUGAAUCAUGUUUUGCCCAAACAGUACACAGAAACUCUGGAAAAGUUGCACGACCAAGCUAUCAUGCGCUCAGUAGACGAAGUGUAUCGGAUAUUCAUGGAAGAUUUCGGCAAACCACCUUCGGAACUGUAUUCCAGUUUUGAACAUGAACCCAUAGCUGCUGCUAGUUUGGCUCAAGUACAUCGUGCUGUUACACAUGAAGGAGAGCAAGUCGCAGUGAAAGUUCAGUACGAAGAUUUGCGUGAUCGAUUUGAUGGGGAUAUGUCAACCCUUGAGUUACUUUUAAAAUUAGUUGAAAUAAUGCAUCCUGAUUUUGGAUUCGCUUGGGUUUUACAAGAUAUGCGUGAAACACUGGCCAAAGAACUCGACUUUGAAAAUGAGGCAGAUAAUGCUGCUCGUUGUAUUGCUGACUUAGCGAGUCUGGGCACACUAGAAAACAAUGGUUCCGUUCAUGUACCUUGGGUAAAUCGUAAGCUAACCAGCAAACGCGUCCUUACAGCCGAAUUCAUUGAUGGUAUCAAAGUUAAUCAAGUAUCUGCUCUACGGGAUGCUGGCUUCUCACUAGCUGAGUUGGAUCGCUUGUUGGUUCGUGCAUUUAGUCAUCAGGUGUUUUGUACUGGCUUUGUACAUGCUGAUCCACAUCCAGGCAACCUACUAGUACGACGGAAACCUCAGAUAAAGUUAGGUAUUUCUCAGAAAAUCAAAUCAUCUAUUCAAAGUAUACCCAACAUUUUAUUUGAUACACUCACAUGGAUGGGAUUUCUGUUUUAUUUCCCCGUCAACAUCGUAAAAAAACUAAAAAAUCGUGAACAUAAAUUGUUUACUCAUCCAAAUGCAAGUCGAGGUUCAACUGAAAUGCAACUGGUUCUUCUAGAUCAUGGUUUGUAUGAUACUCUUCCAAGCGAUAAACGGAAAGCUUUAUGCAAAAUGUAUCAGGCCAUUUUAGAUUCCAAUGAAUCAGUAAUGAAAGAAGCAUCUUCAUUUUUAGGUAUUGAAGAUUGGGCUACUUUCGGUGAAGUUAUCUUACAGAGACCAUGGCGUCGCCGAACAAUCAGAUUGCCAUCACAACUCUCAGAUGCAGAUAGAGCCUAUUUACGCUCAACAGCAAUGGAACAUUUUGACCGAGUAAUGUCGGUUCUUGAACAAAUGCCGCGCCCAAUGCUUUUGUUCAUCAGAAAUUUGAAUCUUAUUCGUUCUAUUUGUCGUUCUCACGGGGAUCCUAUUGAUCGUCACUCUUUAAUGAUUGAUAGUGCUGUUCUUGGGAGUCGAAUAACAACUUCACGUUCUGGCAAAUUGAUUCCCAUGAAUUGGAGUGAUAAGUUACAGGUGAAUAUCAUAUUGCAAAGAUACCACUGGAAGUUAAGGUUUGAAGCUUUCUGCUUGUGGAUUCAAAGUGUACUUUAUCAUUUGUUAUAUACUUUGGGACAGGCACCCGACAUAAAAGAAAUAUCAGCUUUAUAUAAUGCUGCAGCACCUAAAAGCCUAUCAGCCAAUGUUUAA